AGAGGAACGCAAGAGGAGCGCUUAGUCAGUCCAGCCGCUCAGACAGGCAAUCCUGUCACCCUGGGGGACAGGCAGGGGGCCCCAUGGAAAAGGAGGGUAGCUCCCCGUGGGCCAUGGGGCUGCUGAAAACCUUUGAGGCCAGCGAGCUCGUCAGCUGGGAGAAGAUUGGCUCCGGUGGCUUCGGGCAGGUUUACAAGGUCCGCCACAUCCACUGGAAAACAUGGCUCGCUAUCAAGUGCUCACCCAGCCUGCAUGUGGAUGAGAAAGAACGUAUGGAACUGUUGGAAGAAGCCAAGAAAAUGGAAAUGGCAAAGUUUCGCUACAUCCUUCCAGUUUAUGGCAUCUGUAAGGAGCCAGUGGGCUUGGUCAUGGAAUAUAUGGAGACGGGGUCACUUGAAAAGCUCCUGGCCUCAGAGCCACUGCCUUGGAAACUGCGCUUCCGAAUUAUCCACGAGACAGCUGUGGGCAUGAACUUUCUUCACUGUAUGUCCCCACCCUUGCUACAUCUGGACCUCAAGCCUGCAAACAUAUUACUUGACGCUCAUUAUCAUGUUAAGAUUUCUGAUUUUGGAUUAGCCAAGUGCAAUGGACUUAAUCAUUCUCACAAUCUCAGCAUGGAUGGACUUUGUGGUACUAUUGCAUACCUGCCUCCUGAACGCAUUAAAGAGAAGACCAGAUAUUUUGACACUAAGCAUGAUGUCUACAGUUUUUCCAUUGUUAUUUGGGGAGUCCUCACACAGAAGAAGCCAUUUUCAGAAGACAAUAACAUUCUACAUAUUAUGGUGAAAGUAGUUAAUGGUCACCGUCCAGAACUGCCAGCUCUCCCCAAAUCCAGACCUCAUGCAUGUGAUAAUUUGAUCAAACUGAUGCAGAAGUGCUGGCAGGAUGACCCUAGCAAGAGACCAACAUUUCAAGAAAUCACUUCUGAGACAGAAGAUCUUUAUGAACAACCAGAACAUGAAAAUAAGGAGAUGAUAGUUGUGGAGGAUACAAAGAAUACUCAGGAGGAGUUGUACUCCAAGAAGAUGUCUGUGUUAUGCCAGCUAAAACAAGAGUCUGAUCCCACAUCAGCUAAGGAUUUUAGUCUCUCAGAGUUGUUGUCCCAGCUGGAUUCAGGAAUUUCACAGACGGAAGAGCCUGAAGAGCUCAGCCGCAGUGCUUCUGAAUCCAGGCUUGCUUCCAGCGACAAGAGGCUUUCCGGGGUGUCCUCUGUGGACUCGGCAUUUUCUUCACGAGGUUCCCUGUCACUGUCGUUUGAGAGAGAGAAUUCUGGAAGUGAUAUUGGCACAACUGAUAUCCAGAAGAGAAAGCUGACGGAGGCAAUCAUAUCUGGGGACACAGGCAAACUGAUGAAGAUCCUUCAGCCUCAGGAUGUUGAUCUUGUCUUAGAUGGGAACUCUAGCCUUCUGCAUUUGGCAGUUGAGUCAGGCCAAGAAGAAUGUGUCAAAUGGCUUCUCCUGUGUAACGCAAACCCCAAUCUGACCAACAAGAGAGGCUCUACUCCCCUCCAUGUAGCUAUAGAAAGAAAGAAUAAAAGCAUUGUGGAACUGCUUCUGGCAAGGAAAAUUAAUGUGAAUGCGAAAGAUGAGGACCAGUGGACAGCCCUGCACUUUGCUGCCCAGAAUGGUGAUGAGUUUAGCACAAGAAUGCUGCUUGAGAAGAAUUCCUUGCUGAAUGAAGUAGACUUUGAAGGGAGAGCUCCUAUCCACAUUGCCUGCCAGCAUGGCCAAGAGAACAUAGUGCGCAUCUUCCUGAGAAGAGGGGUUAACAUAGAUAUGAAAGGAAAGGACGACUGGGUGCCUUUGCAUUAUGCUGCCUGGCAGGGUCACCUACCCAUUGUAAAACUUCUGGCCAAGCAGCCAGGUGUAAAUGUGAAUGCACAGACAGCGGAUGGAAGAACCCCAUUGCACCUGGCAGCUCAGAGAGGGCAUUAUAGAGUAGCCCGUAUACUUGUAGAGCUGCAGUCUGGUGUCAACAUAAGAAAUGUGUCUCUUCACACUGCCCUCCACAUAGCCGCUGAAACUGGCCACACCAGUACUUCCAGGCUGCUUCUCAACCGGGGGGCAGAUGUCGAAGCAGUAACAGCAGAAGGGCACACUGCACUCCACCUGGCAGCUCGCAAUGGCCACCUGUCCACUGUCAAGCUCCUGACUGAGGAAGGUGCUAAUGUCCUGGCAAGGGGUCCUUUGAACAGGACAGCACUCCACCUCGCUGCCGAAAAGGGACACGAAGAAGUUGUAGAGGAACUUGUCAAUUCAGAAAACAUAAAUGAUCCUGAUGAGGAAGGAUUGGUGGCUUUACAUCUUGCAGCAAAGGGUGGGCACACAAAAGCAGUUGAGGUUCUCUUGAAGCACGGUGCCCUUACGAAUGCACAAAGCCUUGCAUUUCAGACCUCAUUGCAGCUGGCUAAGCAGAGUGGGCACAGUGCUGUUAUCAUGCUUCUGAGUGAGACAUAAGUGAACAGAUGCUGCUUGCUUAGGGUUAAUCUUUCCAAUGAGACUCUGGAAGCCUACUUUUGGGGAGGGUCCUCUUAGACUACGACUGUGGUACAUGUCUCUGCUUAGCAUUUGUGGGCGAAUCUGAAUUCCAGCCAAGCAGAAGUUGAUGUAGCAAUGCAGUCAAAUGAACUGAGCGAGCGUGGGAGCAGGAGCCAGCAAAACCAUGAGCACAGUCUGCCACUUUCCUAUAACACAGAGCUGAGCAAGCCAUAUAUAAAGAUAUUGUACUUCUGCAAAGAAGGGCUUGACUCACUCUGUGGUGUGAAGAGCAUCUUUAAAUAGGGUUAAGCAGAUGCUUGGUUUUUUUUCAAUGUAGAGUCCAUUAUUUAAUAUUUCAAUUAUUUUUUACAUUCAUACAAAUAAUAGGAGCGGCAUAAUGUCGCUCUAAAAGAUUUUUGAAAUAAAUCAUUUGCAUAUUUUAAUAAUGCAAAAGUCAAUCUGAAAAUUUGCAUUGAUGCGUGAAAAGUAGUCUUAAUCUGUUCUUGAAAUAUCAGUUUCCUAAAGCACAAGAUUUUGUGUGUGGGGGGGGAAUGUGUAAAAUACUGAUUUCAAUGCUUCACAUUUCUGUGUUCUCAGAUGGUCACAGUUUUCCAUUGUUGUAAUUGGCUAGUGUUUGCAAUAAGAACCAUAAGCAUCCUAAUGCUAACUGCAGGGGGUGACGCAUAGAACUUCAUUUCUGAAAUACAGCACUAGCUUGUGUCUAUAUGGGAGGGAGGAAGGGACAUCAGGGUGAGCCCUGUAAAUACUGGAAACGAGGGCCAGAAGGCAACUUGGAGCCCACAAAAACAGGCGGAGACCCCAAUGUGGCACUCGCCCACUCUUAAUGGUCCUUGGUCUUUGUGCUGCUUUAUUAGUUUUUCGGGGUCCUCAGUCUUCUAGCUGAUGCUGAAGUGUGGUGGGCUGAUGCUCCUAAAAAAUUAAGCAGCUUGAGGCCUAGAUUAAAAACUUCAGGUUGUGCCCCCCAGGGAUGGAUGGUAUCACUGAUAACUGUCUCUGUUAAUGUGAAUGGAAGGAAAUGUAAGAAUGGGUGUCUGCCUAAUACUGAAUCAGACCAUUGGUCUAUGGAAGUCAGUGUUGUCUACUCUUGACUGGCAGCAGCUCUCCAAAGGGUCAGGAAGAGAUCGUGCACAGAACCUACUACCUGAUCCUCUUGACUGGAGAUGUUGGAGAUGGAAUCUGGGACUUCUGCAUGCCAAGUAGAUGGUCUGCAACUAAGCUGUGGCCCCUGCCCAUGAGAAAAAACACUUAAGCAUUGAAAAAAGUAUAACAGACUAGAAAUUUAAGAGCAGUUUUAAAUAGUGUAGAUUACAGAACCACGUGUACAGUAGUCUUCUGAAUGAAUUAACUGUGUUGACAGGCUAAUAAAAAUAUACUGUGUA